AUGCCUCGCCGAAAGAAGUUGACCACUGUCAACCUGAGUUCUGGGGGUUCAUACUCCAGCCAUACUACCGAUGACGUCUGUACACUCGACGUCCUCGCCCGGAAAUAUGAGGAGGCCUUGUCAGAAACCCGUCCCACGACGUUGUAUGCACCGAAUACUAUCUACCACGUUGACCGCAUUCAGCGCCUCUUCGAGGAAUACUGUGACAAGUUCCAGCUUGAUCCACAAGAGACCCUGCGCGAGUGCGCCACGGCUCGGAUGGAGAACUUCCUACAUUGGUUGCUCCGGACGUACACGAUCAAGAAAACCAGUACGUUGACGACCUACUGGCGGCAACUGAGUCAGCUGUACAUCAUGUGGACACAGCGUCGGAUGGACCCGGCUGUCAUGAGGCAGAUCUUCGUGUUCAUUGAAGGGCCAUUGACGGAAGAAUAUGGCCUGGACAAUGAGGAGAUCGAGAAGCCUCUCAUGGAGGCGGACGAUUUCGUCGAGCUCAUCCGUUACCACUGGGCCUCGGAUAUCAACUGGUUUCCCAAUGAACGGCAACGACUCCAGUUGGCAGCGAUUCUGUUGCUGGCAGCGUUCACCGGGUCUCGACCUCAAGCCCUGUUGGACUUGACCUACCGCGACCUGGACCUCUACAUCGAGAAGGACGCCGAGACUCGUGUCGACAUGCUGCGCUUGGGGGUGAAAUUGACCAAGACUAAGUCCCGCCAGAAGCGGAAACGACCGAAAACGUACACCUUCAAUUUAGACGACAACCCAAUCUUCUGUGUCAUCACCCACAUUGUCAGCUUGGCCUUCGAUGACUCGGCUUUCGGGCCGCCCGAUCUGAAGUCGCCCGAUGUUCUCUUCCGUCUCCGGGCGCGGCGGGAAAAGGGAUGUCAGCCGAUCCCGUGGAGAAAGGAGAUGCUUGACGUGCCUAUUUUUCGCCGUGCGAUCGCCACCAAGGAAGGCGUCAAGACCUCGCCAGACAGAGCUCUGACCUACAACGUCUAUCAGGCGUGGGUCAAACGUCUCGGUGAGGCGUUGGGUUACCUCCAGACGCUGACGACGUACUGCCUCCGCCGAGCUCUGGGCAACGCCAUCAAUGAUGAUCCUAAAUCUAAUGCAGCCGUCCGUAAUCUUGCCCUAGAUCAUGUUGGGUCGUCUACGAUCUUCGAACGGAAUUACCUGUCUCGGAUGAUCCGCUACAGUACGCAAGACGCGUUCUGGAACCGGGAGGCCAAUCCGCAGGCGGCCAAAUCGGCCAGCCGCAUCGGCCGUCUUCGCGAUCCGAACCGACCGAGAAAGCUGACCGACGAACAGAGCCAGCAGGUUCGACGGUUGCCAUCUGUCCGCCGGCUUCUGGAGUCACGAGAUCGGGUUCGCGGUGUCAUCCUUCGAGAGUUUGGCUUUUUUCGAAUGGCGAUCGGAGAACCAAUCCAUGCCGAGUACAAGAAGUUGGAACGCAUGGUUAACAGCACGAUUCGAGCUGAGGAACGAGCUCUGUUGAAGUGUAUUCAGCGGCAGUCCGACGAAACAGCUCCUGUUGAGGCGAUUCAGCGACAGAUCAAAGGAACCUCAGCUGAAGGGCAAGAGCUUACUUCAGAGUCCACCCCGACCCAGAUCAAAAUCCCUGAACGACGGCAGAUUGCGGAAGCGGCCAUGAGCGACCCCGCUGUAUUCACCGGUCCCAAGGCUCUGUCCCGGCACAUAAAAUGUUCCGCAACCAUGAUCUCACUAUGUCGACAACGUGAAGGGCGACGUGAGACACGACGUGAAAGACUGUCUAGGAAAUAUUCACGUUCCACAGGAGAAACAGAUACUGCGACUACUGUAGUCUCUACGCUGACUCUACCGCUCUCGUCGACGCCCGAAGGCUGCGUGCCGUUGACGUGUCAGGGAUUUCAAUGCCUCUUCUGUCUAUGCAGUAAUAUCCCCCAGGAAGAUCGGGAGAAGCGGUAUGCCGGUAAACACUCCCUCCAGAGACAUACAGAACGCUGUCGCCUACGACAAUUUCAAGAAAAGGAUCGAAUUCCUUGCCCCGACAAGGUGGCUUGCCGUGGAAAGGUUUUCGAAGGAAAGUCGCAUUUCAAGAACCAUGCGGCCUCGGUACACCUUUUCGUCUUAUGA